GGGGGCUAGAUGAUCCUCAGGGUCCCUUCCAACUGUACGAUUCUACGAUCCCCCCUCUUGUAUCGCUUGCCACUGUGCUGAAUUGUGGCACAAUGGGUCAGUGCCCUGUUAACCAGAAGUCGAGCCCACGCAGGGACGGUUUUCGGCGGGAUUCCUGCACUGCAGGCGGGGUUGGACUAGAUGACCCUUGGGGACCUCUUCCGACUCUCCAAUUGUGCGAAUUGCCGCCAGCAGUUUGCCACAAGGACUCGCACUCGCGGUUGCCCGAGAGGAAGAAAGCAGCAGGCAGCAGCGCGGAGCCCGCGGCAGUGAGCCUCUCGUAUCCCUCCUAAUCCAACCCUCCUCCUCCCCAAAUGCAAAUACGGCGCCGUCGCCCCGCCUCUCCGGAGCGCUUGCUUGGGGCUGCUCGCAAGAGGCGGCGAGAACAGACCCGAUCGCCGAAGAGAUGAGGAGGGUGGCAGGCUCGAUGGACUCCCAGGGCGAGCACCGCGCCGAUUACUUCCGACGCUCCAACCUGUUCGUAAUGGUGGCGAUCUUGGUCGGCCUGAGCUACCACGGGUGGGCAGUCUUUUCACCCUCAACAAUCCCCUAUGACCUUCUGGGACCAUUAGGCACCGUCACUAAAUAUUUGGUGGAAAACCAUAAAACUCUUCUCGAUAUCGGAUAUUUAAUUACCUGGUUAAUCCACAUUGGGGAAGCAUUAUGUGCCCUCAAGCUAUGCAAGAUGAAAGGCAUCACAGACCCUUCAACUCAGCGUUUGUGGUUGGUUCAAACAUUUUUCUUUGGAAUGGGAUCUCUCUACUUUUUGUUGACCUACAACCCACAGAAGAAAAGUUGGUGAAGGAUUCAGCCAGAAGAGAAGGUUCCAACACAUUCUAGCUUUGGGGUAUAUUUUUCAGGGAGAGGGAUGGGUGUAUUCCUAAAUGUUUUUUGUGCGUUCAAAAGUGUGGCAAUCUUCUCUUUCACUUGGAAAGAGAAAUUUCUUUCAGACGUCUCCUCUGCAGGUUUUGCAGCUGUGGGCAAAGCAAGGAAACUAGCUUGUGACAAUGGGGGAUGGAGCCUUUCUUUUUAGAUCAAGGAAAUAAAGCCAGUUCUUAAUGGUCAGGACCAAAAUGCCAACACUCACAAGAUAUCAGCAUAGGACCAAUUUAAAAUAGGGGUGACAAACAGAGCAAGCACAGAGCAACCUAUAGCCUCUACUGCUCAGGUCUAACAGUAGCCUUAUUCAUAAACUGAGCUGUAUAGAAGUGUGGUGAGGCAUCUUCCUUUGGGCCCAACUUGCACGUGUCUGUUGCUCCCCUGGUUUUGCCUGCAUCCAUGGCUGGAUUGUCCUCUAUAAGUGAUUGUAUGGAUAGUCUCCUUCAUUUAUGAGCCUCUUUCUCCCCUCCCCCGCCACCCUUUUUACAGGUAAGGAUUGCAGAUUAAGCAGGUCUGUGAGCACUGAUCUCUACAUGCAGCCACACUGUGUCCAGGGUGUAGCUGUGACUGGGAGGCAAGGUGGCAUUUUCAUUCGCACCAUAGACCAAGAGGGCUAAUGCUACUCCAUCAGUACUUUUAGCUGUGCUUAAUAAUAAUAAUAAUAAUAAUAAUAAUAAUAAUAAUAAUAAUAAUUACUAUUACAAAAUAAUGUGCAACAGUGCAGAUUAUCCUUGUUGGGCAUCCCGUUUUAGCAGGUGGCUUGGUUAACUUUUCUUCCCCUUUCUUGAGAAAUAAACCUCUUCUAUUUCUCACCCACCUUCCCACCCAGAGUUUAAAGGGGUUUAUCUGCAAGUAGAUGUGGUCAGCAUUGCAUCCCGAACAUCUUGCAAUCUUUCUCCACAAACGCUGCCACCACCCCUCUGAUUUAUAAUGGUCUACCAGCAGGUUUUGCUCUUAUGUUUUCUUGGUGCUCUCUUAACAACCUGCAUGCAUUGCAAAGCACUUUAGUUAAUAACCGUGGCACUAAACUCUUGGGCAUGGCGCAAGCUUUUCUUGAAGUGCAAAAGGCUGAGAGAGAGAAAGCUGUGACCACAUAAGAACUGCAGUCAAGACCAAGAAACCCCACUGGGGCAGAUUUAUUUCUCAGAGAUCCAACGUGCUGUUAAAAGGUAGUUUUAUAUUACAUGCCUUAAAUUAUUUAGGGGAGAUCCCCCCCCCAGAAAUACGGUACAUCAAAGCAGGUCUACUAGUUUCAAUCUGAGAGAAACCUUUGCUAGAGCUUUCAUUAGGCGUUCCUCAUCCAAGCUGUGUCGUGAUAGACAGAGCUGUCUGUGGGGAAGGUUUAGAAACAGCACGUUAGUUGGAUUUGGAGGAAGUAAUUAACAGUGCCUGUCAGAUGAGUGGGUGUCUAAUUCAUAGAUGUGUUGGCCAAUGUGUUUAGUAUCUAUUUAUUAUGUACAUGUUUAGUAUCUACGUGUUAUGCAGUGCCACCACCCAGAUCUGAGAAAGGAAAAUUACUGGUGCAGUUUUUCCCUGGCAUGGCAUUGCUUGGCAGGGUGAAGUGGUUUACAAGAUUUUACCCUCUCUAGAGAGACUUUUCACUAGUAUAAACUCAGGGGCAGAAUGAAGGUGAGAAACAAAGGGCACCAGCACAGAGCUUGAAUAAACCCCUCCACCCCACCAACUUUUUAGCAUUUUGUAUUAGUGCAGUGCAUUUUUACUGUAGUGCAUGCCAUUGUUAUGUUGGUGCAGGAGAGAGGUCCGCUGAUUCUGUGCCUGAGCAAAUAUAUAAAGGUUGGGACUCUCUGCCACAUUAGACCAUAGUUCUUGCCUUUGGUUUGGACUUUUCAUUCUCUUGAUGAUUUCUGCUGAAAUGCCUAUAAUGUCUUUCAAACUCUGUGUCUCAUUUGGAUUUAUUUUUAGGCAGCUCUUAAGAACACUGCUGCUCAUAGUUUUAGCAUUUUGCCUUUGUGCUUGAAUACCCUGCAUAUUCCGUCAUGCUUGUUGUAUUGAGAAUCACCUCUUUAACACAUUACGUUUACCUGGCUAUUGUCUGGAUGAUUAAAGGUAGCUUCUGCGGUUCUUUAUACUGUUAAUACUCGAAGGGAAACAUGGUGAGCUGUUUGACUGUUGCAUCUUGUGAUAAAAAUGUGUCCUAAGAUAGGGUGCUUAAUUGGUAUAAUGCUGCAUUUUGAGCUGAUAAUUUCCGAGAGCUGUCUCACUGCUGGCCUUGAAUAAAUCUAAUAAUUCUCUCUAAAA